AUGGUCCGAACAAAGACAGGGCCUAGGACCCUGGAGGAGAGGUACCCCAAGGACAAGUACCCCAGCGGCCCACCCCAGAUUUCCUUGCCACCCAGACUCCCACUAGUAUCUAACAACCGCAUCUUCAACGAUCACACCGGCAGACCAGCCUUGAUGUCAUGGGAGAGCUCGGGGGUCUGUCCCUUGCCUCCUCUUGCCUCGUGGGUCUUCUAUAUGGUUCAUCCAGAUGUGCCGCGUGACUUUGAUGGGUGCAUAUUCCAGAAUGGUCUUGAGGAUGGUGAGCCCCAGGUGAGGGGUGGCAGGUUUCGGUGGGAGUUCUUCUUUCUCCCAGGUGCCACGACUGAAGAAUGCCAUGAGCACUACCGCGGGGAGCUAAAGGCUCGAGGGACCAUAUGGCGGCACAUCCGUAAGGUCAAGAGAGCCAUGAAGCUCGAGAAGCAGAAAAGCCACCAACCAGUGGAGGAUGAUCCGGUAGAGGAGUCAGUUUCUGGUCUGGGAUCCACGAAACCUGAGUCCUCUUCUGAUGAAGAAGCCACUGCCAACAACCAACAACUUCCUGGCUUGGUAUGGCCCAAACACGAUCGCGAUUGCUCUUUUGUGAUGUACCGCGGCUGGUUCUUUGUGUAUCCACAUGCAAAUAUCGAUUGUCGAGGUGCCGAUGGUGCGGCACGUGAAAUAGAUAUCGUCAGAUUUGAUCCCAUCGAUCAGGAAGACGAAUGGGGAGAAGAUGAAGUUCGGACGUUCGACCCGAUGGAACACCCUAUUCACGUAACACGAAAGAAAGCCAGAGAAGAUUAUGAGCAAGGGGUUAAGGAGUGGAUGUACAGGAGAAUAUGUUCACACUGGGAGCGGUCGGCCGACGAAGCCACGGAUGACGCGCUGAAGCUAGGCUGGCAAUCUUGGUAA